GAACAACCCGGUGUAACGUUAGCUAAGGUAACGAGUGCAGCCUUGGAAAUAUGCGAUAGUUUUGACGUCCCGAUUUAUUCUUAUUUUAAAUUCAAACUGGAAGAUUUAGUUAACAUUGUAUGUGCAUGCAUCCUUUUCCCGUCCAGGAAAUCGUCACUUAAUGUCACCAUAUGCGCCUGACCUUGCCUGUUCACAAAGAGCCGAAGCUAGUUUGAUGCUAACCCGUUUUCGUGGGUGUUAGCCGGCUAAGCUAACUGACAUUAGCUGUGUCAGAACCGCCCGCCUUUUCCCUCUGCUCUCCCUGUUCUAGUCGCGUUCGUGAUGGAGGACGAAGCCUUCACCGACAUUAAUGGUAAAUCCAUAUCUCUGGACUGCCAGAGUCACUCCAGCCUCUGCAGGGAGUUCACUGUCAGCGUCCCCAAAGUGUCCAUCGGGAAGGUGUUGGUGUACACCUGCUGUGUCUGGCUUCUGGCGUACGCAGUUUUCUGCUUCACGGAGAACACCGCUGUUCUGUCCAGUGCGAUUAUGGUCACCCUGGUUGGCAUGAUGCUUCACAUCCACUUCGUGAAGGUAGACCACGAGUCCCUGAUUGUCAUCCGCUCUUUGGGCAUACAGAUGUCCUCCAGCUACGCCUCAGGCCGCGAGACCACCACCUUCAUUGAGAUGAACAAGAUCAAGGAUAUUGUCAUCAAUGAAGCUAUUUACAUGCAUCAAAUCAUCUACUACCUUUGUGUGCUGUUGAAGGACCCAUCAGAACCUGAGGCAGUGUCCAGUGUUGUGCCCUUGUUUCAGAGUUCAAAGCCAAGACUGAACUGCUUAGUGAAAGUUUACAAAAGCUGUCAGGAGAUACUUUCAAAGUGCUGAUGACUCGUAUGUUAGCAAUGUUUCUGAGCGUUCAGGAUGCUUUUAAUAUUUCUUGGUACUCUUAAUUUAAUUUUAGUGGAUGGAAGCAGGAACCCCGUAGUUUUGUCUUGAUUUUAUAUACAGUGAAUUUUUCACAACUUUCCUCAUUUUCUUACCUUUAUUAAUGUGAAUGUAAUCGGAUAAAAACUUCAAUUUUUUAAUAACUUUACAUUGUACUUUGUCAUGUAGUUACUUUGCUAACAUGGACUACUUAAACCCUAAAGAGCCAAGACUCUUAAUUGUCAUUGACCUAUUUGUGCAUUUCCAUUUUUUAAUUGACUAUUUAUGCCAAUGUCUGUAUUUUGCAAAUAUUUCCAUACUAUUUUUCUGAUUAAAGAAAUGAGUUAUUAAAGGUAUUGUUACUAAA